AUGCCUUUCGUUCCUUCACAUACUCCCACUGUCACUUUUAAUCUCCAACUUCUUUUUGAAUCUCGAUCGACAGCAAGAAACAAAGCCAACAUGGAGGCCUUUUCUACUACUUCCCAAUGCCAUAGUAUCGGAUCUCGCAGAAGGCGAGCCGUCGAGUUCUCCCGAAAAAGGCCGUCCGAUUUUUUAUCGCUCCCUGGUGCAGCAGUAGUAGUUGCGUCGUUGAACUUUCCACCGUUUUGUGUGGUUUCUGCGAGGGAAGUCGGACAUGGGGCCACGCCAGCUCUCGAAUGGGAGCAGAGGGCGUACGGCGACGAAGACGAAGACAAAGAUGAACCUGUGGAUGCAACCGACAUCCCAGAAGACGAAGAAGGAACACCGCACUUCGCCGCUAGAUCAUCGAGCGAUCCACUGUCUCUUCUGGAGGAGAAGCCAUACCCUACUAGUAUGCACCCUCCGAGCCACAAGAUGACCGAAACAUUUGUUCCUGAAACGUGCCGUCUAAAAACACAAAAUGAAAAUAAACAUUAAGUUUUUAAGCAUUUCAAAUCGCCAGCAAUAAUCUUCAAACUCGCUAUAAGUAACCAUAACGGGACUUAUAUGAUUUAGGUGUAUCCACAAAUCUACAGCACUCCUUUGUAAAAUUUGAGAACACUUUGAGCAAGAGAACCUUUUGGACAAAAUGUUUCGGGUACCUAGUUUUCGAUGGCUCGGAGGCAUCGGUGUGAUAUUCGCGAACGCUGCAAGUAAAGACAGCUUCAUCGAGACACGUGUGCGAGGAUCAGAAGAUGUAACAGAGACAAUAGCAAUACAGGAGGUGGCGAAAUCAUCAGAAAUAAUACAAGAGAAGUGGCAAGGCAUCAUAAGAUUGUCAACCGGCGUGAUAGAAAGGCUGGCCCAGGGGCAGGCAUCAUUUGCCUCGAUAGACAAGCCAUGGCUAGAAGAGGAUCUAACAAAACAGCUGGAUUGGAUGAACCAAAUCCAGUUUCAGCAAAAGGAUCUAAACCUCGUAACAUCUCCAAAGCGAAAGCACCUAGAUGAAAUACAAAAGCAGCUUGAAAUGCUACAAACAUCAAUGAACAACCUCCUGAGACCAGAGCGGUGGAGCGUGCAAGAAGGCCAAGAAGGUCUAGUAGCAGCCCCUUAA